AACUCCAGGCAGUAGAAAAGUGCUGUUUUCCCUUUUCCUUCAGGAAAUCACAUGGAGGUGUUGGUGCACUCACAUGACAGCCUGGACUAUGGAAGGAGAGCUGAAUGAAGGAUCAGUCCCUCUGUAUUAUCGAGAAGUGCAUCAGGCUAUCAGCAGCAGGACAGACGAACGAGUGCAAAUCGAUGUGUUCCACAGACUUCUCAACGGAACCGAUCUCUCGCUCAACCAGCAGAACCAGAUUACAGAACAUGUCGAUAAUGGCAACGGCUUCCUAAGUAAGGUAUCCUUCUACAAGGCCUUGGCUCUGAUUGCGCUUGCUCAACAAGGAAAGCACCCCAGCCCUAAGCUCCUGGAGCACUGCAUACAAGAGUUUCCUAAGCCCCAGCUAGGAGAGCCAAAGGACCUGCAGAACUUGAGGAUGCAGCCGGUCCAGGAGAACCCUCUGCUCCUGUCUCUGACCCUGGCCAACCUGCUGAGCAAGGACACGAUAAAGGUGGACCUCAUUCCAGAGAAGAAAGGCCUGUUCCUCAAACAUGUGGAAUAUCAGGUCACCAGUCAGCGUUUCAAAAUUUCAGUCUAUCGGCGCUACAGUGACUUCGACGUCUUCCACGAGCUUCUGCUGCAGAGGUACGCCUACAGGACGGUCCCGGCCUUACCUCCCAAAAGAGUGCUGAAAGGAGUCUUGGCUUCAGUGUCAGAGCGAGAGUUCAUCGAGGGACGGCGGCGUGGUUUGGGCAGGUUCCUGAACCUCGUGGCGAGGCAUCCUUUCUUUUCUGAGGACGAGCUCGUCAAGACGUUCCUGACUUUCAGCGGUUCAGAUGUCCAAACGAAGCUGCGGGACUCUUUCAAGAGAAUGGGGGACGAGUUCAUGACGUGUAGAUACGCAACACAAGCCAAGGAAUAUCUUCCUGCGGAUAUCCAGUCCUGCUUCUCGGCGAGCAGAGAACUGAUCAGAAACAUCCACAACAGCUUCCAGAAGCUCAGAGAACGAGCAGAGAAGAUGGCAGAGCGCUCCAAGGAGAACGCCACAGAUCUGCUCAUGUUUGGGAAGGAGCUGAGUGCUCUGGGUUCUGAUUCCUCACCAGUUCCUGUACUGGGAUUAUCUAAGAGCAUGUGGGGGGAUCUGAGGCACUCUCUGCACGGCCUGUCCUCAGAGUUCUCCUCACUGGCAGAUAAAGCAGCCGAACAGGGAAGAAGAGAGGAGGACGACGUGGUGGAGAAACUGCAUCUCUUUUUAGAUUUGCUGCAGUCGUACAAAGAUCUGUGUGAGCGGCAUGAGAAGGGCGUCCUGCACGAGCACCAGAAAGCCCUGCAGAAGUACAGCGUCAUGAAGAGGCAGAUGAUGAGCGCAACUGUGCAGUCCAAAGAACAGGUUUCUGUGGAGCAGCUGGAGUCUCGCAUUGUCCAGCAAGAGAACGCCAUUCAGACCAUGGAGCUGCGCAACUACUUCUCGCUGUUCUGCCUGCACCAGGAGAGCCAGCUCAUCUUCACUUAUCUUCCCAUCACUUCAGACAUCCUGGGGGCCUUCGUCAACUCCCAAGUGCAGGGGCACAGAGAGAUGGGCCAGGUCUGGAACAACCUUCACUCCAAGCUGAGUGGUCUUUUUAUUGGUAAAAAUGGACUUCAGUCUCCUCCCCUCUCUCCAAAAUAAUCCUCUGCUUGCUGUGAGACAGGUUAAAAAGCAAGCUGGACCCUGACUGGACUUCCAGAAGCUUUUCAGGCAAUUCCUUUCUUUAUUAAGCUCCAAAAACACUACUAUGCAUUUCAUGCUCACUGUGGUUUUGCUCUGAUUUCUACGAUGAUUCAGUUACUAUCAUUGAUUUUUCAUGCUGAGCUUCACGCAGAGCUGAGCUGCCCGACUGACAGCAGACUGUGUCGGAAACUGUAAUCAAAGAGCUGCCUGUUAAGUGACAAGAGAGACGUCGGCCAUUGUUUGGACUCCUGUUGGCUAAAAAUAUUAUUUUAACAGAGCUAAGGAUGAUGAGCAGACAUGUCACACAUUUUCUAAUCACGCAUAUUAUACAGCAUCAUGCUGAGAGCAUUCUGUAGAUCAUAUUUGGUGUUAUUAAUGCAAUAUAAGUGCAAAUCUGUGGCCCAUUUUUUCUUUUAGAAAAAAAAAAGAAACUGUCCUUCUGGACUCAAAGCUGUCUUCACCUAUCAAAUGCAUUACCACUACUAACUGGUAAAAAGGCUGCUGCAUGCUAUUUUUGUUUGCUAUUGUGUUCCAUACCUGGCAACCACAUUCUAAGCUUAAACUAGAUUCUGAGCUGCGUGUCUAAAACAGAAUUGUAUAGAUUUUUAACAAAUUCUAAUUUUGUGUACAGUAGUUAGGGAAAUGGUUAAGCAAGCCUUAGCCACAAUAUUAAAACCAACUACAAGGAAUGUAGAAACAAGGAGGUGAUUUUAAAGUUGUGGCUGAUCCAUGUAAAAAAGCCUCUCAAAAAGCCUGUCAAAAAAACUCACUCUAACCAUAGUUAAUCUCUGUGUUUACCUGUUUAGGAGAAAAUUAGCCUAAGCAUCUGUCUUCUAGUCCUUCUGGGCCACAAGAUAUUUCCAUCUUUCAAACACAUUACCAAUAUUUACUUAUGCCAAGGCUGCAGAACACUGUUUGUCAUUAUGUUCUAUACCUGGCAACCACAUUCUAACCACAUUCAAACUAGAUUCUGAGCUGAAUGUCAAAAAACGAAUUUUAUAUAUUUUUCACACAGUGAAAUAUUAGCAGUUUUUGUGCAUUUUUUUUGGUUUGGAACAUGCUAUUAGCUUGUGAUUAUUUGGAAGGACAUUGAGAAGAGGAGAGAGAACUUUGGGCAGCUUAUACUUGUGGUAGGAGGCCACGUCCCCUCUCUUUGAUAGGUGGAGCCAGGUAGGAGAGAGAGCAGAGUUAAAAAGGAGGAGACCAGUGGUUGAAGCUUCCAGUCAGAGGAGGGGAGUGUUGCUGCAAAUACUUUACUUCCAAAGUCCAUAUAAAAAGAUACUGGUUAAACAGUAAUUACUCUUUGGACACUAAACUUUAGAAAUAAAAACUAGUAACAUUCUCACACCAUGACAUUACUACUACUACUACUACUACUGCAGUCCCUCUACAGUACACUGCAAAGCUUUGAUACUAAUCUAUACAGCUGCCUAAACUUGUGGUUUCAGCACAACCACAUAUAUGGAAUGAACUAUCUACCUGGCACCCACUAUCAGGCCUCACUCCAUUUCCAAUAAUUCAUAUUGCCUUGCCAUGAGCACACUGACCAGUUUUCAUCUUCACUCAUAAUUUAACACCUCACAACUUAUACAGAUAUAGGCAUUCCCAAGCCGUGCCCAGCGAUAGCUCUUCAUGAAUAACGUAUUUACUGUUGUACCAUGACUUUUGGCAUGUCAGUGUUAUGUAUGCAGUAACACCAUAUAAGGAACUUUUCAAAGCCAUAAUAGCUACAGAUUACUGGGGUAUACUGUAGUCGCUAAGCCUGAGCCUGAAGGUGGAGCAUGAGUAAACAUAUACAUGUUAAUAUACUGUAUAUAACUGCAGUGGAGCUCUAUUUUUUUUUAAAGGAAUUGAUUUACCGUACUACCAAAGAAAUGUUUUUACCUUUUUAUAAAUCAUGAAGUCUUUUUAAAUAAAUUCCUUAUAUUUGAAGUGAGCUCAUCUCAGGUUUAAAUAUGAAGGACCAUUAUGUUCACACAGCAGGUGAAAGUGUCAAACAGGGUUCUUGCACCAAUUUAAAAGUCAAAUUUAAUGCUUUUUAAGACCUUUUUAAGACCUUGACAAAUAUAAUUUUCUAAAUUUGGCCACAUCUUUAAAAGUGGUGCCUGAUAACAUAAAACCCCCCAAAAACAAACUUUGUAAAGCGUACCCCAGGUAGCUCACAGUCAGCUAGCUCACCGCAAACCUUAUCUCUUUUUGGUAGCUUAGCUAACUCGCCGGUAAGGUCAGAAUGUUAGCUAGCUCGCCGCUAACCUUAGUUCUCUUCCCGGCAGCUUAGCCAACUCGUCAGUAAAGUCAGUAUGUUAGCUUGCUCACCGCUAACCUUAUUUUCUUCCCAGCAGCUUAGCUAGCUCGCUGCUAACAUUCGUCUGUUAGCUAUCCUGCCCCUACAGUUAGCUAGCUCUCCAUUAACCUAGGUUCUCUCCCUGGUAGCCCUAGCUAGCUCGCCGCUAACCUUAUCUCUUCCCGGUAGCUUAGCUUACUCACCGGUAAGGUCAGUAUGUUAGCUAGCUCGCCGCUAAUCUUUGUUUUCCUUCCGGUAGCUAUCUAGCUCGCUGCUAAAGUCAGUAUGUUAGCUAGCUUUCCAUUAACCUUAGUUCUCUUUCCAGUAGUUUAGCUUUCUUGCCAGUAAGGUCAGUAUGUUAGCUAGCUCACCGCUAACCUUGUUUAUCUCAUCGGUAACGUAGCUAGCUUGUUGCUAAUGUUAGCUAGCACUCCGCUAGCGCUAGUUCUUUCCCCGGAUUAGAUGUUUACGAUGGGCCAUUGUGUUUCCCACCGCCAUUAAAUGCACCAUCUGAAAAUCUAACACCUUCAGCAAAUUUACAGUAAAUGUUAAGACAAUUUAAGACCUUAAUUACCAGGAUUUUAAUUUUAGAGAUUUAAGAGACUUUUUAAGGACCUGCAUGAACCCUGGUCAAAAUCCGAUCUUUUUCGUCAUAUUUGAUACAGAUAUAUUUUUAUCAGUAGUGGGACAAUGAGGUAGAGAUGUUUCUUUUCAAACUAAAUUAGAAAGCUCAUAACUGCUCAGUUUUUAUCCAAUUAAAUUAACAAAAGUCAGAUAUUAAUAUAUCUUUUGGAUAGAGAGAUAGAUCGGAUUUUGUGAGAAAAUAUCAAUUUGGGCCAAUUUACCAGCUGCUGUGUGAAAAAAAGCUUAAGACUUUUUUUUGACAAAUUAUUGGUGUAAAAUAUAGAUGUAAAUGUGAACAUACAGAUUAUUGUGAUUCAGCUAAAGCUACAUUGUUUACUAUAGCAAAGAGAGAAUGAGAUUCUAUACUGGUGGAUAUCCAUUUAAUAUAUACGGUAUUACAAACCAUUUCUGACAUAUUUUGUGCCAUGCUAUGUUUUACGAGUAUCAUACUUUUUAUGCUGUUCAUUUAAAAGCAUUAAAAUAAUUUUAUCUCUGUAAAUUUAGUGUCUAUUUGCUUUUUGGCAAAAUCUUUAUACAUGAAUAUAUUUUAUGUUUUUUUUGUUUUGUUUUUAAAGAAGAUUAUUUACAGUGUUGUUGUUAUAGUUAAACAUAUGAAGAAAUGUCUGGGUAUAAGCAAACCUGUACUGCUCUAUAUUGCCCUCUACUGGCAUUAUGGUCAAAUUACAAGUUCUCUAUCUUGAAUGCAUUGUGCGCUCACUGAAAUACACUAUAUGAGCUUCUGUGAUCUCCCAUUCUAAAUCUAUAGUCAUUAGUGUGCAGUCUUUAACAGCAGUUCUUUAGCUCCACCCAUUCUUUCACUAAUCAUUGUAAAGGCAGACUGAAUGGCGUGGAGCUUGAUUUUAUACACUUGUGCUAAUAGGACUGAAUGAGGGGUAUCCUAGUACUUUUGUCCGUAUUGUAUAUGUACUUGUGUACCAUUUGCAAGGCUGCCCCUGAGCUUAAAUAUUAAUAGUUUUUUUUUUUUUGCUCAAUGAAGAAUAAAGCAGUGAAUUGCUUAAAAAGGAA